AUGCAAGCUUUCUCGAGACAUCUGCGGCCAGGCGCUGCCAUCUUGCGCCAGGUUUCCCGACGAGCCUAUAGUUCUACGACCUCCCCUUAUUCCCAGACGAUCGAGAACCUGCGCAUUAAUGGAGACACCAAAGUUAUAUUCCAAGGCUUUACUGGAAAGCAGGGAACCUUCCAUGCCCAGCAAGCUAUCGAAUAUGGGACUAGGGUUGUUGGAGGAACAAACCCCAAGAAAGCCGGUCAGGAACAUCUUGGUCUUCCUGUCUUCGCCAAUGUUGGCGAGGCCGUGAAGGAGACUGGCGCAACCGCCACUGCCAUAUUUGUGCCUCCUCCUCUAGCUGCUGCUGGUAUCGAAGAGGCUGUCUCUGCCGAAAUACCUCUCGUCGUUUGUAUCACCGAGGGUAUCCCCCAGCAUGACAUGGUCCGCAUCACCGAUAUCCUCAAGUCGCAGUCCAAGACUCGUCUCGUCGGCCCCAACUGCCCUGGUAUCAUUGCUCCAGGCCAGUGCAAAAUCGGCAUCAUGCCCGGCUUUAUCCACAAGCGUGGUCGUAUCGGUAUCGUCUCCCGCUCCGGUACCUUGACUUACGAGGCUGUCAACCAGACCACCCAAGCUGGCCUUGGUCAAUCUCUCGUUGUUGGUAUUGGUGGUGAUCCCUUCAGCGGGACGAACUUCAUCGACUGCCUCAAAGUCUUCCUGAAGGAUGAGGAGACAGAUGGUAUCAUUAUGAUUGGAGAAAUUGGUGGUUCAGCCGAAGAGGAUGCCGCAGAUUUCCUCAAGGCGAACAAUACCGUCAACGGUGGUAAGCCCGUUGUUAGCUUCAUCGCCGGUAUCAGCGCCCCUCCGGGACGACGAAUGGGUCACGCCGGUGCCAUUGUAUCAGGUGGUAAGGGCGGAGCAGACUCUAAGAUCAAAGCUCUAGAGGCAGCUGGUGUAGUAGUAGAACGCUCUCCUGCCGCCUUAGGGCGCGCAAUGAGGGAGGCUUUCGUUAAGCGGGAUCUUUUAUAA